AUGAGCGAUCCUGAUAAUCCCGAUCUGAGCAACGACUCCGCCUGGAGAGUCAGUCAACUCAUAGCUCAAGAUUCUGGCUUCUUCGACAGAGACACUUCCAAUAUCCUCUCUGACCUUGGCUGGAACCUCCAGUCGUCCUCCGAUCAUCAUCACAGUCUCCGGUUCGAUUCCGAUCUAACCGGAGUCCGAUCUCCGGUCACUAAUCUACACUCUACAUCUUCCUGUUCCUCAUCAGCUGCCGCAGCUACUUCUUUAGCUGUUACAGAGGUUUCAACAUCUAAUAACCCUUCAGCUACCUCGAGCUCAAGCGAGGAUCCGGCUGAGAACUCAACCGCCUCGGCCGUGAAAACACCGGAGACACCAAAGAAGGAGAAGAAGAAGGCUCAAAAGCGAAUCAGGCAACAAAGAUUCGCAUUCAUGACCAAGAGUGAUGUAGAUAAUCUUGAAGAUGGAUAUCGAUGGCGUAAAUAUGGACAGAAAGCUGUCAAGAAUAGCCCAUUCCCAAGGAGCUAUUAUAGAUGCACGAACAGUAGAUGCACAGUCAAGAAGAGAGUGGAAAGAUCAUCAGAAGAUCCAUCGAUAGUGAUCACAACAUAUGAAGGGCAACAUUGCCAUCAAACCAUUGGAUUCCCUCGUGGUGGAAUCCUCACUGCUCACGACCCUCAUAGCUUCACAUCUCAUCAUCAUCUUCCUCCUCCAUUGCCAAAUCCUUAUUAUUAUCAAGAACUCCUUCAUCAGCUUCACAGAGACAAUACUCCUUCACAAAGGUUUAUACCCCAAUCUGCUCCUGAAGAUGCACGCGUAGUGUCGUCUAAUCCAUCAGAUGAAGGUUUACUUGGUGAUAUUGUACCUCAAACCAUGCGCAAUCCUUGA